AUGGCUCUCACUCCAGGCGUAAUGCUUGUCACAGCAGACACGCCAUCCGUCUCAACCAUACUCGAUGGUAUCGUCCAACUCCAUUGCGCAUGUAUUCUCAACGACAACACCAUGGCAACGUUCAUGCCGCCACUAAAUCACCCCCAAAUCUACAAAUGGUGGGAAGACCGGAUAGCAGAAGUCACCUCAGGACACCGGCAUAUCAUCGUCUACCUCACUGAAGUCAACGACCGAACGACCCUGACCAAUGCCAAGGGACAGGAUAUCAGAAUCCCUUUCUCGGAGGAAGGCAAGCCUUGGCCCAUCAUUCCUGCAGCAGAAGAAGCCAGCCCAUCAGGCGACGGCGACCUAGAAAUCGGUGGCCUCGUCUCGCUCGUCACACCGACCACCCAGACCGGUCCUUUCCGUGGACUUGUCGAGAAACUCUUUACAUCUCCAUUCCAUCGCCAGAAAGGAAUAGCGAGGAUUGUGAUGAAGAGGUUGGAGGAAGUUGCUUGGGACCUUGGCAGGUGGAGUAUUCUUCUCGACACCACGGCUGGCACUCCUGCCGAACAGGUCUAUCCUAGGCUGGGGUACAAGCAAGUCUGGUAUAUUCCGCAACGAGGCUUUUCGCCCGAAGACAGGAGUCUUCUGCUGGACGAGGUGGGUUUCUUCAAGGAUUUACGCCAUGAUAAGAGGUUGUGA